GGUAUUUACCUCGCAGAGCCCGAGCAGAGGCGGGAAAUGGCGCCUGUUAACAACUGUGUGUCAUUUCGGAGACGGCCAUUGAGGAGAUAAGAUGUCGAAUACUAGCGCAGGCUCUGUUUUGAUGACUCUCGGGUCGUGAAAGCUUAUUUGGAACAACCGUGGAUCACCGUCAACUUACAUGUGACUGCUACAACAAUGAGGCUGAGAAUGCGAAAGGCGUCUCAGCAGCCGAUCCCCACUCUGGCCAGUCGCCCAUCCCGAACCAAGAGAAGGCAUUCAGAAGUAGAAGACGACACUCCAACCAGUGGUGGUAGGGGAUUGUUGUCAACGAUCAAAAAGUUCAUCAGAGGAAAUACGGUUAAGGUGCAGCAGGGGAGCCCAGCCAAGAAGGCGCGUCUUCACUGUGAUGUGGGCAACAACCUGAUCACCUCAACUCCAGACAACAACCCUGCCCAUAGGGUUGGCAGAAAAGGCUCCGUCAAUGGAUUGGCAACCAAUCAUGACAGGAAUAAGGAAAAGCCCAAUGGCAGUCUGGGAGAGACAACAACAGUGGAGGUGCCCACAAGCCCACCUAGGACAACACUUCUUGGGACCAUCUUCUCUCCUGUUUUUAACUUCUUCUCACCAGCUAAAAAUGCCUCGUCUGGAUCGGACUCUCCAGACCCCGCAUUGGCGGCUGACGAAAUAGUCAAACAGCUGGAAAUUGAACAAACUGUAGAAACGCCCACCAGCACAGUCACAUUUACACAGGAACUCUGUACCACCACUAAUUUCUACUCGAGUGUAUCCCAACUACCGCCUCUACGACCUCCUCACAUCCCCGAUGUCUACCCCACAGCAGAGCAGGGAGAAAGUGAUGCUGACCUUCCACCCCUCACUGCUCUGGGCUCCAGUCCAGAUAUGGCAUACAUGAACCCUUCCCAUACUGCAGUACCACCUGAAGCAUCCUAUGAAGAAGACUGGGAAGUCUUUGACCCGUAUUUCUUCAUCAAGCAUGUUCCUCCAUUAACGGAAGAGCAGCUCACUCGGAAACCAGCCCUCCCACUGAAGACUCGUAGCACACCUGAAUUCUCUCUGGUUCUUGAUCUGGAUGAAACACUUGUUCACUGCAGUUUAAAUGAGCUGGAGGAUGCAGCCCUUACCUUCCCUGUACUCUUUCAGGAUGUGAUUUACCAGGUGUAUGUGCGGUUGAGACCCUUUUUUAGAGAGUUUUUGGAACGCAUGUCCCAAAUCUAUGAGAUCAUCCUUUUUACAGCUUCUAAAAAGGUGUAUGCGGACAAACUACUCAACAUCUUAGAUCCUAAGAAACAGUUAGUGAGACACAGGUUGUUUCGGGAGCAUUGUGUCUGUGUCCAAGGCAACUACAUCAAGGAUCUCAAUAUUCUUGGCAGAGAUCUGUCAAAGACCAUCAUCAUUGACAAUUCACCGCAAGCCUUUGCAUACCAGUUGUCCAAUGGAAUUCCUAUCGAGAGCUGGUUCAUGGACAGGAACGACAAUGAGCUGCUGAAGUUGGUGCCCUUCCUUGAAAAGCUGGUUCAGCUGGAUGAGGAUGUGCGGCCGCAUGUUCGGGAGAGAUUUCGUCUUCAUGACAUGUUGCCUCCUGAUUGAACUUGUACCUUAGAUGAGCUUAGCAAGGAAGAACUGAAAAAUCUUUGUAAAAAGCUGCUUAAAACAAUACCAUUGCUUCUUUUUUUCUUUUUAAACCCCACAGUUGCUUUGGGGGGGGACUGUUCAGAAGAAAAUUGUUUUGAAAGAACGACGUGAAAUUUUGUAAAUGUACACAUUGUAAAGAGACACUUCGAAGUCCACUUUUUGAUGGACUCUCCAGCUGUGGAGUGGGCUAUUAUCUCCACACUAAAUCAGCGUUUUGGUGCUUGCUUAGUGGCUGUAACACACCACUUGUUAAGAAGAACUCUAACCUGAGGCGUUGAGGCCAAACCCACAACUGGUGCUGAAGCUGUUGACACUCCAAUCUCCACAGGAAGGACUGGCUUGUAAAUGAAUCUACAUUUGUGUUUACUCUUAGCCACUCACACAAACUCAGUAAUUUAGUGGAUGGCAAAUUUUGUAGCCUUUUCAAUCAUAUGCAUUCCGCUGUAGGUGAAUCAAGGUUGUAUUGUUCCUUUUGAUUUUGUUGGUUUAAAUGUUUAUAGGUAUUUUAUCUUUGAAGUGUUUUCAAAUAUGGGUAUUAAAAAAAUGAACGGUGAAGUUGUCAAAUCAAGCUGAGCACAGUAUGCUCUCCAGACUUAAGUCAAAGGUUUGAGCUCACUGUGGACCCAGGCUCUUUUUAAAAUACGUUCAAGGCAUGUAAAUUGGACAUACUGUUAGGUUUGAGGGCAUUUGUGUUUGAAGUGAUAUGUCAGCAAUAUAGUAUUUGAUUUCUUAGCAUUGUCUUUUACUAGCUUUCUGACCUAAUCCCAGCCAGACUUUUGGUUGUAAACUGCAAUUUAAUGGCUAUCAAUAGCAUAAUGACAAUGUAGCACGGCCAGUGUCUUCUGACAUCCGGUCACAACCUCAACCAGCCAUAUAUGGCACCAGCAAAAUCCUUUUCUCAGUCAGCCUCUAACCACUCUGUAUGCCUGUGCAGUACAUGGACAGUGUUUCUGCCGAACGUUUUUACCACUGAGACGGGACUGUCGUGCAGGGUGCAUAUAAUUGACACACUUGGCAAUCUGCAUUUGAUUGACCCAACUGCUUACUAAAUUCUCCCCAUAACAGAUUAAUAUUUUCCUUUAAGUUUGUAUCAAAGCGCUUUCUUUUUUUUUAAUUAUUACAAAUGACUCUAGGUCAGGGUUACUUUUACUCUGCCAUGUGACUUAAUUUCUCUGUAGCAUUCUUGUCCCCUUUUGUGGUUAGAAAAAAAAGACAAUCAGACUCCAGAGUUGUGCAGAGCACCACUCAUUCCUGCAUGUUUAUGUGGAGUAUGGGUUGCGUAUGUGCAUUCAUUUGUGUCCGGUGUGUUGGAUUUGUCAGAUGAAUCUUGCUCUGCUUGUUUUGUCCAAACAAUCUCUGCUGUUAAAGGUUGGCAAUUAUCAGAGAUUGUUGCCAUUUUUUCAGCACCUGUCCCUUUUUGCCUUUUUUUCCAUCACAUGUUGGUAGCGCUCCAGGAAUUUGAUUGAGUUUGUGUACCUUCUACAAAUGUUGCAGGGCACAAAGACAUUUACUGUUGAGUGUACGCGUCCAGACGAUGAAUGUAAAUCGUGCAAAGGUUGAAGUCACAGGUGUUUUUCCUCAUAUUUCUUUGUUUCUUCCUCAAACUUUAGAACAAAUAUAGAGGCACGUGGAGGUUUGAACUGUUUGGAGGAGAAGAAAAAAGAUGAACCUUGAGAAUCUCUCUUUUUUUUUUUUUUUUUUUUUUUUUUUUUUUAUUUUUAUUUUUUUUUGCUGCCAGCUUCUAGUAGUAUGGAAGCCUGACAGUUUCAGUUUGUGUGACAUUUAUUUAAAUGUCAGCAGUUUCUGGAGGAUCUGUGAGAAGCAUUUGAUGCAUUUCAUCAAGCUCCAUUUUUAUGUGCAUUACCAGUUUAUUGUACACUAAGUGUGGUACAGUACACACAGCCUUUUUUUUAAUCCUUAAAAUAAGGAAUACAUUUUGUAUCUUUCAUUUUAAAAAGGCAUGUCAUAUCUACUUUUAAAAUGUAUUAAUGAAGAUUAACUUCAGAAAUAUUUGUAGUUUAGCACAAUGUCAAAAAACUGUUAAACUUAGCAUGUAGAGAAUACAGUUUUUGUGGGAAAAGUCCUGUUAAGUUUUAAUCAAUGCACUUUUUCUGCAAAGUAGUCUUUCUCAAGAGUAAUUGAUUUUAUUUUUUACCCUCGCAACCCCCAGUAUCUGUUAUACUUGUAAGAAUUAUUUGUGCAAAAGAUGUAUUUAAAAUGCUUUAAGACAUCUUUCUUAGCCGUGGGGCUAUGUACUAUUGUAAAGUGUAAAUACAGUUACAAUGACUUUCUGAAUUGUGAAACAAAGUUUUAAAGUUAAAACCCUC